AUGGUCUCACUUCGAUUCCUCGCCGUUACAACGCUACCGUUGCUCUGUGCAGCCCUAAACCCAGCGGCUGUUUACGACGGUGGCUAUGGCAACGAUUCGUCCAUUCUCCUUGGUAUCGGAAACGGAGGCGCCGGGCAGAGUGGGCUGAUUAAAGCUCUCGCCGACGCAUUCAUCGAGCAAAAGGUCUCCAACGGCUCUGAGCCUUUCAGAGUCGCCUGGUAUCAAAGUGACACAACCUACAGUAUCAACUACCUCAAAGACGCCCUGAUAGACGUCGCCAUCACGUACAGCCCGGCAGCGGAGAGGAUCGCCAUCGAGCAGGGAAUCGCAUUAGACCCUGCUUACUACGCCUUCCGGGACCAUUUCCUUAUCGUUGGGCCCCCUUCCAACCCAGCCAACGUCUCGGGUACGUCUGACAUCUACACCCUUUUCUCCGAUCUGCACGAAGCCGCCGAGGCCAAAAACACAACCCCACCGGUGAGAUUCCUCAGCCGCUACGACAAAUCGGCCACCAACAUUAAGGAAUCCGACCUCUGGAUCAGCAUCGGCCAGGUCCCCUGGUCUACCGCCUACUCAACCUGGUACCACCAAUACAUCACGUUCCCCCUCGAAGCGCUCUCCGCCGCCAUCCUGCUCGACGAGUACACGCUCACGGACCGCGGGACGUUCCUCUCGCUGCCGGCCAACCUGACGUCGGAAACGACCGUCUUCAAGGCGGCCACCGACGCGGCCGACGACCCGCUGCUCAACCCGGCCCACCUGCUGGUCGGGGCGCGCGCGCCCAACCCGGAGACGGCGGCCGAGUUUGCGAGGUGGUUGGUCGGGGGCGAGGGGCAGAAGGUGGUGGGUGGGUUUGAGAAGAAUGGCGAGCAGUUGUAUAGUCCGGCGCCGUGA